AUGGAUAACAAGGCCUCUCAAGAUACGCCUGCUACGAAGAGCCAUCAGGACGAUGAAUCCUUCAAAAACGACACUGUUAUCAAUGCCACAGACGUUGAUAUCACCACCAAGUCUCGCAUGUCAGCCAUCACAACGGUGCUGACAAGCGGUCUGGCUCUAUUCUCUGAUGGAUACAACGCGCAGAUUAUCGGGUACAUGAAUCCCGUCUUUGCCAAGUUAUACCCGAACAGCUUUUCCAGCUCGAUCAAGACUCGGCUCUCCAAUGCAUUCCUCAUCGGCGAGGUUCUUGGCAUGCUCUUCUUUGGUUACGCCAUUGAUCGACUUGGCAGACGGACUGGCAUUGUAUUUGCUACCUUGUUCUUGGUACUGGGUAUUAUACUCGCGACAGCAGCACAUGGCAAAACUGAAUUUGGCAUGUUCUGGAUGAUGAUUGUUGGAAGAGGCGUUGCAGGAUUUGGUGCUGGUGGUGAAUACCCUACUUGUGGUACAGGCAGUACUGAAGCUUCAGACGAAACCUCAUACGUGCGACGCCGACGUGGACUUUUGGUCGCUGCUGCAACAGACUUUUCCAUCGAUCUCGGUUUCGUUAUUGCAGGCGUAGUAGCAUUGAUCGUGCUCGCAGCCUACCAUCAACAUGUCAAUGACGGUGUGUGGAGAAUCAACUUUGGUAUUGGGUUCAUCCUGCCAGUAGCUCUUCUGUUCCUUCGACUUCGUCAGUUUGACUCAACGCAAUAUAAGAAACAUGCAAUCAAGCAAGACAUACCGUAUCUGCUUGUAAUCAAGAGAUAUUGGAAGCCGAUGCUUGGAACAUCCUUGGCUUGGUUCUUCUACGACUUUGUGACAUACCCAUUCGGAAUCUUCAGUUCGACAAUCAUCGCUACAUUGAAUCCUCACGACACCCUCCAACAGAAUAUUGGAUUUGGCACAGUUGUUAAUUGCUUUUAUCUUCCUGGUUGUGUGAUCGGAGGGCUACUUAUGGAUCGCAUUGGUCGCAGACAAACCAUGACCUUGGGUUUUCUUGGCUGGACGAUUCUAGGCUUCAUCAUUGGUGGUGCACUUUCACCGAUUCAGUCCGUGUUUCCAUUGUUCAUCGUGCUUUAUGGCAUCUUCAAUGCACUCGGAGAGAUGGGUCCUGGUGUCGCCACGUUUCUUUGUGCCGCAGAAUCCUUUCCAACACCUCUUCGAGGACACUUCUUAGGUUUUGCUGCAGCAGUGGGCAAAGCUGGUGCGGCUAUUGGAACACAGACGUUUACACCCAUCCAAGACUCUUUCUCAGAUAAACAACGAGGCAUUCAAGCCGUGUUUCUCAUCGGAGCUGCCUUUGCCGCUGUAGGUGGACUUGUUGCCUGGUUUCUGAUCCCAGACAAGGACAAGGAGCUUGAGAGCGAAGACGCACAAUUCCGCUUGUAUUUGGAGCAGAACGGAUACGAGGGAUCAUUUGGCGAAUCAUUGAAGGGCUAG